AUGUCUAUACACGCUUUCGGAAAUCCCAACUUUCUUCAGCUUCCUCAUGGAAAAUGUAGCAAACUUGCUGGAUUGAAGUGGAUCCCGGGUGCUGCUCCCAGCCUGGUUGUAUCAAAUGCGCAGCAGUCUGAGCGCUUGGCGUCUCUUUUAGCACCACAAAACCAGAGGGUUGCAGCCAUUGUUUUUGGAGAUGGAUCAUCACCUUCAAGGCUGUAUCCUCUCACAAAAUGGAGAUCGCAAGGUGCCAUUCCCAUCGCAGGGAACUACAGACUGAUUGAUGCAGUUGUUAGCAACUGCAUUAACAGUCACAUCUCAAAAAUAUACGCGAUAACACAGUUUAACUCGACAUCUCUAAACUCGCACCUGUCAAGAGCCUAUUCAGGAGCAUUAUCCCUUGGAAAAGAUGGUUUCUUAGAAGUAAUCGCCGCGUGUCAGACUCCAGAAGAGAAGGGCUGGUUUCAGGGAACUGCUGAUGCUAUAAGAAGGUUUCUAUGGAUUCUAGAAGAGUAUUCGUGUUUGGAGUUUUUGAUCCUUCCUGGUCACCAUUUUUACAAAAUGGAUUACAGGGAGAUUAUUGAGGCUCAUCGGAGCAAUGCAGCUGAUAUAACUCUUGCUGUACUUAGCAGUAUGAGAGAUGAAAAUCCAGGAUUUGGCUUUGUCAAACUAAAUUCAGAAGAUCAAGUCUCCGAGUUCCUAGAGAAUCCUCCCCCGGACAUUGAAAUUUUUUCUGCACAAACUUCAGUUGCAUCUGAUAUGAGUAUUCAUCCUGGCAUGGGAAUUUAUGUGAUUAGCAGAGAUGUGAUGAUCAAUCUACUAAAAGAGCAUUUUCCAAAGGCGAAUGACCUGAGAUGUGAAAUUAUACCAAGGGCAAUGGCCUUGGGAAUGAAGGUUCAAGGAUAUAAAUUUCAUGGCCAAUGGGAGGACAUGAGAAGCAUCGAAGCAUUUUACAAUGCGAAUAUGGAAAUCCUACGGCAAAGACACAUUACAUCAGCUGCACAUGACUUCCAUGACCUGAAUUCCCCUCUUUACACUCUGCCUCGACGUUCACCUCCAACUCUCAUAGCUGAUGCGGUCAUCAUUGACUCAAUGGUUGGAGACGGCUGUGUUCUCAGCAAAUGCCACAUUAGAAACACAGUUGUUGGUAUGAGAACAAGGGUGGGUGAGGGAGCCAUAAUUGAGGAUUCCAUAAUCAUGGGUUCGGACGCUUAUCUAGACCGAAAUGAUUUUGAAGGGGCAAGUUUCAAUGGCUUCUCGAAAAGCAUUCCUAUUGGAAUAGGGGAGGGUUCAGUCAUUAGAAAGGCAAUUAUAGACAAGGAUGUGAGAAUCGGCAAAAAUGUCAUGAUCCUUAAUAAAGACAAUGUGCAGGAAGGCAACAGAGAAGCAAAUGGCUAUGUUAUUAGAGGAGGUAUAGUUGUUAUCAUAAAGGGAGCAGUCAUCACAGAUGAAAGCAUUCUGUGA